CAAGCCCUGAAGAUGCAUCUUGUAGGGCCCUCAGAUCCUGGAGGUGGGUGCAAGGGUGGUGUGAAGGGGGAAAAUCCCCCCUCUUUUGGUUGUGAGCAACUCGAGAUGCUGAGGAGCUGCUCCCUAACCGCCUCCUGCCCCAGAUCCAGGGGCCUCUGGGAGAAUCCAGCCCUGGGGUGGCUGGGGAAGAAGGAGCAGGAGGAGGAGCAGGUGCUGAAGGGUUAACGGGGAGUGUUUGCAGCCGGUCCCUUGUCACCAAGGAGAAGGGAGCAGCACUUGGGAAGGAAACAAAACACCCACUGCCCAGGAGGGCGAUUUCCUUUCCCCACGCUGCGUUACAGCCCUCGGAGCCCAGAAGGGCUCCUGACACCACCGGGACAACGGCGUCGCCAUCCCGGGUGGCCGACAGCACGCGGCACCAGUCUUAUGGCAAAAUGUGGGGGCCGCCGUGCCCGGCGGUGCGGAGCAUCCGUCCCUACCGCUCCAGCGAGCAGUACCUCUAUGCCAUGAAGGAGGACCUGGCCGAGUGGCUGAAGGAGCUCUAUGACCUGGACAUCGAGGUGGGCACCUUCGUGGAGGCGCUGGAGACGGGCUCCGUGCUCUGCUCCCACGCCAACAACGUCACCCACGUGGCCGCGGAGUUCUCCCGUGCCUGUCCCGAUGCAGCCCAGCACCUCCGCCUGCCCGCUGCCGGUGUCGCCUGUAACGUGGCCGCGCAGCCCGGCACCUUCCAGGCUAGGGACAACGUCUCCAACUUCAUCCAGUGGUGCAGGAAGGAGAUGGAUAUCAAAGAUGUGCUGAUGUUCGAGACGGAGGACCUGGUGCUGAGGAAGAAUGAGAAGAACUUUGUGCUGUGCCUGCUGGAGCUGGCGCGCCGUGCCGCCCGCUUCGGGAUGCGCGCCCCAACCCUAGUGCAGAUGGAGCAGGAGAUCGAGGAGGAGCUGCGGCAGGAGCUGGACCUGCCACCCACAGACAUCCCCCUGCCCCGGGCCCCCCGGAAACCACGGGACCUCCACCUCGACCAGAUGGUCCAGCACCUGGUGAGCCGCUGUACCUGCCCCGUCCAGUUCCCCAUGAUCAAGAUAUCCGAAGGGAAAUACCGUGUGGGUGACUCUGACACCCUCAUCUUUGUCCGGAUCCUGCGGGAGCACGUCAUGGUGCGGGUCGGGGGCGGCUGGGACACACUGGAGCAUUACCUGGACAAGCACGACCCGUGCCGCUGCACCUCGCUCUCUCACAAACAAGCCUUGAAGAGCAGGAGCCCGCAGCAGCAAGUGCAGCACGAGAUCAGGCUGUGCCCAGCCGCCAAGGGCCGCGGCCAGCCCCAGCCCACCGUGCUGGUCAGCCGCUCGCAGAGCCCCCUGCCCCCUGUCACAUGGGGGUCCCGAGUCCCCCCCGGCCCGAGGCCCCCGUCUCCGGAGGGCUCAGGUCACCCAGUGAGUGCCAGCCCCCGCCGGGAGCAGCCCCGGAGGGUUCCUUCGGGCAGGACCCGAGAGCCAUCAGCUCCCCCUUUGGGACGGCAACCGCCACCAUCCAGGUCACCCGCUCGACCCAGCUCCGCCUGCAGGGUGCCGAGCAGGGCACCCACCCCUUCCCGUGUAGCCCCCAGCGCGCAGGGCAGGGCACUGCAUGGGAGCACCCCAGUGAAAUCCCCCAUGGCACCAGCACGGGGCAGGCCCAGGGCACCCAGCACCCGGCUGGCACCAGCACCCCCAAAACCCACCCAGCAAGGGGGGAAACUGCCUGCGGAGGCAGCCAGGCCGCAGGAAGGGGGGGUCCCUGCUGUGUUGCACCCCCGUGCCCGCAGCCCCAUCAAGGUCCAUGCCCCUUCCCCACACCAGGGUGACUCACAGAGCCCGCGGGAAGGGAGAUGGGGAGCCCCUGGCCGGGGCCACCCCUUGUCACCCCGAACCCCCUCCAGGCAGCAUCCAAAGCAGGACAGCAGCGUUAAAUCCCCUACCAAAGCCAGCCCAGCCUCCUGCCGGCCCCCCACCCCAGGGUGCAAGGGCUGUGCCCCCCAGCAGUGCCCCCCAGCCCCAAGCCCAAGGGCUGGGGAUGCUGAGGAGCUGGUGGAUGAAGCGGGGGGAGCCUGUGGGCCUGCUGUGGGGAGUGAGGGGAUGCAGGGGUGCCGGGGGCACGCGCAGCCCCCUGGCUAUGACAAGGUAGUGGAGGAGCUCUCCCGUGGGCACCAACCCCUGCGCCCUGCGGGGAGCUGGGUCCCCAGCAUGGUCCCACAAGCUGACCCACAGCCCACUGUGCCCCCGGAUGAGGGGCAGGCAGAGGGGUCAGCAAAGGGGGCCCAGACCCUGCGGGCAGCCAGGGCCGGCAGCGUCCCCAAGCCCCGGCGGUGCCUGAAGAAGCCUGAACGCGUGCCCUCCAUCUACAAGCUGAAGCUGCGGCCCAAGGUGCGUCCCCGGCGGGACCACAGGCCAGGCAAGCGGCCCUCGCGCAUCCCCACCCCAAUGGGGCAGCGGCCGCAAGUCCCCCGGGGUCAGCAUCGCCCCACGGGGCUCCCCCGGCACCCCCAGCCCAGCAGCACCCAUCCCAUGGCCAAGCCAUCACUGGCUGACAGCGGUGCCUGGCUGACUGAGGAUGAUGAGGAGGCGUGGGUCUGACACCCAGGUUCAGCAGGGUUGGACCCUACACUUGUCCUAAGUGAUGCUGGAGCUGGAGCUGUGGUACCCAAGGUUGGUGUGGGAAGGAUGAAUUUGCUCCCAGGACACCCAAGGGGUCCCCCCAUUGCUUUUUGGAGCUGCAGCUUCUCCUUCCCCAUGGAGUUGGUUGUGGACCACCCUAAUUCUCCUCCUCAGCAGGCGCUCUUGUGCCGGUUUUGGGU